GUUGUUUCGCUCAAGCGCAAACGUUUACAUAAGGCUCAAAUCAUUUCUCACAUUUGUAUCGAAAUAUACUUAUUCUUUACCUUACAAUACAUUCAUACUUUCAAAAUCAUCAUCAUAUAUUAAAUUUUCAAAUAUAAUGCCGGAAGCACGUGUAGUCGGUAUAGUAAUAGUAAUUGGUCGUCUGCACCCAUAUGAUCUAACCUAUAAAUAAAGAUUCCUAAAAAUGCCGAAAAUAAUUUAAAAAAAUGAUGAAUAUUAAUGAAAAUUAUUUAUAAAAAAGAAUAAUAUAUACAUUUUUAAAGAACUCCAAAAAAAAUGAGUAAUAAUUUAAGAUAUAUGUUACAUAAAAAGAUCUCACAAGCACUACAAAAUGAUAAAUCAAGUGUCAAAUCAAGCACUGUCAGUGCACAACUAAAACUAAACAUUAUGAAAUUUAGUCGACAUUUUCAUUUUACACUUCCAUUGAAAACUAAUCAGUAUGAUAUUUGUGAAAUAGCACCUAAAUUAAUGGAAAAAGGAUCAGAUGACUUUCUUGAAAAAGUUGAAAUCAGUGAAAAAUCGAAUGCUUUAUUCUUUUAUGUUGAGAGAGAUAGAUUGGUUCGAGGGCUGUUUAAUGAUAUGAAAAAGGAUAUAAAACCUCCUAAUCUUCUUGAUGAAAAGUUGAAUAAUGUUAUUGUUGAAUUUAGCUCUCCAAAUAUUGCAAAACCAUUCCAUGUUGGACACUUACGAUCUACAGUCAUAGGAAAUUAUAUUUCUAAUUUAAAUCAAUUCUUCAAACACAACGUUAAAAGGAUUAAUUACCUUGGUGAUUGGGGUACACAGUUUGGUUUUGUUCAGUUAGGUCUCUCUUUAGCUAAAGUAACAGAGGAUGAUUUAAAAAGUAAUCCCAUAAAGACACUGUAUAAUGCAUAUGUUCAAGCUAACAAACUUGCAGAAGAGGAUCACACUGUAGCUGAAAAAGCUAAAGAUAUUUUUAACAAACUAGAAAAAGGUGACAGAAGUAAUGCUGGGGAAUGGGAAUCUUUCAGAAAAUACACAUUGGAAGAGUUAGAAAAAACUUAUGAUAGAAUAGGGAUUAAAUUUGAUGAAUAUGAAUGGGAGUCUAUGUAUCGUAUAGAUAAAAUAACUACAGUAAUAUCUGAACUGUACAAACAUAGUUUACUAAAAACAGAUAGUGAAGGUAGACAAGUUGUAAAUACCAAUAAUAGAACUAUACCAAUAAUUAAAAGUGAUGGUUCAUCCUUGUACAUUACCAGAGAUAUUGCAGCUGCAAUAAAUCGAUUCGAAAAGCAUCAGUUCGAUGCUAUGUAUUAUGUUGUUGAUAAUGCACAAAUAGAUCAUUUUAGAAAUUUAAUAAAUAUUUUGAAAGCUAUGAAGUAUCCAUGGGCAGAUAGACUGCUGCAUGUUAAAUUUGGUAAAAUCAAAGGAAUGAGUACCAGAAAGGGGACUGCAAUAUUUUUACAAGAUAUUUUAGAUGAAAUGCAUGAUGUUAUGAGAGAGAAGCAAUUAAAAAAUCCACACACAAAAGCUACGUUAGAUAGUAAUGAUCCAAGUACAGAGAUACUUGGACUUUCUGCCAUGAUUAUUAAUGACUUGAGGCAUAAGAGAAAUCAAGACUAUGACUUUAGUUGGGAUAAAGCUUUAGACUCUGAGAUUCAUUCUGGUGUGAAGUUGCAGUAUACACAUUGCAGACUCAACAGUCUAGAACUGUAUUCAACAGCCACUAUUGCUGAUGAGUGCAGGCCUGAAUUACUCAAAGAAGCAGUAGCUGAUAACUUGAUGCUACGAUUGUUAAAGUAUGACGAAGCUUUGAUUGAAUCUUACUUGCAAUUAGAGCCAUGCAUUCUGGUAAACUAUCUGUUUGAUCUUGUGUAUCAUAUUAAUUUAUGUUUUAAAGAUCUAAAAAUAAAGGAUCAACCAGCCGAUCUAGCUAACCAAAGGCUCUUAUUGACUCACACUGCUCGAAAAGUACUUGGCCACGGUAUGACAUUACUAGGAAUUACACCUCUCGAUAAAAUGUAAUUUAAUCGGAAAUAAAAAUAAUAUUUUGUAAAGAUUUUAUAUUAUAACGUUAUAACGACGAGACUUCAGAAAUAUAAUAGCAAAGAAUGCAUCUAUGACAUGUAUAAAUAAAAUUUGGCUAUAAAUUAACGUUUCUUCCAUGUGAAUUUU